ACCAGUUGGCGACGCGAGUUCGGUUCGUCGAAUGUCAUUCUCGUUAUUUCGUAAUUCUGUACAUAUUAAUAAAACCAUUCCUUAGCAAAACUCAGGAAAGUGUCGUGUUUCGAAACAAGUGACUUUCAUCGAAAAAUCAAGUAUUUAAGAUACUGCAAAUCGAUUUUGUUCGAGACGAAUGAUUAUUCGAGAAUCGAAAACAGCAGACAUUAGAUUCAAGGCGACGGAAACGUUUCGACAAAUAAUGAGAUAUUUACAUAUGAAAUAGCUGACGACAUGACGGAAGAAUAAAUAUUUUCAUUGUCAAUGAUAUCUUAUCUGCUGCAUACAAUUUUGUGAUCAGCCGGUGUGACCGUGGUGUUAGAAACACUUUAAUUCGUUUUCAAUCGCCGAACGUAACAGUCGAAAUGUUGCGACUAAGACUAACUAUAGGUAUUGUGAUCGCAGCGCUUGCAUCGAUCGCUUCUGGAUAUAGGAUUCUGGGGAUCUAUCCGUAUCCGUCACUCAGCCAUCAGUUGGUGUUUCGCUCGGUGUCGCUGGAGUUGGUGAAACGCGGCCACGAGGUAGUUGUUUUCACAACCUACCCGAUGAAAGAUGUCGCGAUAGCCAAUUACACGGAGAUCGAUUUAAGCAUCCUGGUCCAAAAGUGGAAGAGCCAAACGGAUUUCGUUAGCCUAGGAACCAACAUGAUAAAGUUCGCUCACUCGGUUAUAGAAUUCGGAGUGGAAGUCAGCGAUACCAUCCUCUCGCAUCCGGAGAUGCAGAAGAUUCUGGCGCCAAAUAGCACCGAGAAGUUCGACUUGAUCAUAAUGCAGCACUUGUGCUACGACGCUUUGUACGCUCUGUCAGAACGACUGAACAUACCGAUGAUGGGGAUAUCUUCGAUGAACAUACUGUACAUGCAGCACUUUCAUUACGGGAACGAUUUGUCCACACCUUACGGAAUUAACUUCCUGAACGGAGCUAAGGUCGACAAUUUCUGGCAGCGGUUGCUAGAGGUGGGUUAUCUAGUGAAAGGAGUACACGUGCAUUUCACGAAAACUUUGAAAAUACAAGACAAGGUGAUGCGAAAACAUUUCGGGGACACUGUAUCGCCUAUCGAUAAGUUGGCGGACCGUUUCGAGAUCAUGUUGGUUGGUAUUCAUCCGUUCCUCGUCGAAAUUCGACCGUCGGUUCCUAACUUCGUAUACAUCGGCGGCUGCCGAUUUCUGGACGGAUCCAAGCCAAAGGCUCUGCCUGAGAACCUCAAAACCACUCUAGACAACGCGAAGGAGGGUCUCAUAUACUUCAGCAUGGGAUCGAACGUGAAGGUUGGAAACCUUCCCGAGGCAAUGCGGAAUGCGAUCCUGUCAACUUUCGCGGAACUGCCCUACACAGUGAUUUGGAAGUCUGAAAUCAAUCUAGAAGGAUUGCCUGCGAACGUGAUUAUGAAAAAAUGGUGUCCACAACAGGCAAUACUCAUGCAUCCGAACGUCGUGUUGUUCAUCUUCCAAGGCGGUUUGCAGAGCACAGAGGAGGCGAUCGAAGGCGAAGUGCCGAUGCUUGGCAUGCCGAUUUUCGCGGAUCAGUACGCUAAUGUGCAGUUACUGAAGGAGCGCGGUGUAGCGGAGGAUCUGCAGAUGUCCGAGUUCUCGAAGAAGGCGUUCAAACGAGCCAUCUUGAAAGUAAUUUCAAAUCCAAGUUACAAAGAAAACAUCAGGAAGCUGCGGGACUUGUUGCACGACAUACCGUAUCACCCGAUGGAGAACGCUAUCUGGUGGAUAGAGCACGUUGUGCGGCACAAAGGAGCGAAACAUCUUCGCUGCAAGUCGAGGGACACCGAGAUGUACAAACUCCUGCACUUGGACGUCAUUGCGUUCCUGCUUGCACUUCUUAUUAUUCUGCUCGUUGCCUUGUAUUCCGUUCUAAGGUGCAUCUACAGGAAGAUAAUGCGACUCACGAGGCAGUGCGUCGAGAAAUCAUUGAAAAUCGAUUAGCCCCGAACAAAGAUGACGGAGAUUUCAUUAUUAACGAUAAGAUUCGUAGAUGACGGUCGGAAAUCUUUAGAAUUCGCAAAGUUCAUUUUAUAUCGACAAUAUGUAUAUAUAUAAUAUCUUCAAUUUAAGAUCUUCGAAUAUACGCAUAUGUGAAUAUUUUAAGGCGACUAGUUCGUAGCGUAGCGAACUUUUCGCAUUCCUCGUUCGAAAUAUUUCGAUAUAGAUGUAGAAUUUGUAUACACCGUGAGCUAUCGUUCGAAACAUUCCUUCGUUCAAUUUUAAUGCGACCUUCGUAAUAUUAUAUUAUUGUACGUCUGUUUGUAAAAUUUUCUGUUCAUCGUGUUCACCUGCGAUAUAAAUUGACGGUUUGAUGAGAAUAAAUCUAGUCUUUCAAAACAUA